AUGGGGCUGGCACAGUGCCUGGCAGCUGCCUUCCUCUUCCUCCUCGUCCUGGGUCUGACCCCUGCCCAGCGCGUGGUGACGGUGCAGCAGGGUCCCCUCCACCGCGUGAGGGGCUCCCACGUCACACUGUGGUGCAAGGUGAGCGGCUACCAGGGCCCGGCGGAGCAGAACUUCCAGUGGUCCAUCUACCUGCCCUCGGCCCCCGAGCGGGAGGUGCAGAUCAUCAGCACCGUGGACCCCUCGUUCCCCUACGCCAUCUACACCCAGCGCGUGCGCGGCCGCGGGAUCUACGUGGAGCGGGUGCAGGGGGACGCCGUCCUGCUGCACAUCACGGAGCUGCAGGACCGCGACGCCGGGGAGUACGAGUGCCACACGCCCAACACCGACGAGAGGUACUUCGGGAGCUACAGCGCCAAGAUGAACCUCUCAGUGAUUGCAGACACCCUCUCAGCUUCCAUGGCACCCCAGCUCCUCACCCUCACUGAAGGGGAUGCAGUGGAGCUCACUUGUGAGGUGUCCAAGUCCACCACCCAGCACACACAUCUCUCAGUUGGCUGGUACCACCUUCGGGGAGCAGGAGAGCACCAAGCUGAGGAGGUCCUCACCCUCUCCAAGGACUUCAUCCUGAAGCCAGGACCCUCUUACGUGCAGAGGUUUCUGGUGGGGGACGUGAGGCUGAACAAGGUUGGGAACACCACGUACAAGCUCUUCCUCGGGGGAGUGAAGCCAUCCGACCAGGGGCAGCUGUACUGUGAGGCAGCCGAGUGGAUUGAGGAUCCUGACAAGACUUGGAAGGAUAUCUCCCACAAGCAGACAGAGAGGACAUCGCUGACAGUCAUGAGCCAGGGCAGAGACCUCUCUGUGGACAUUGCUGCUGCUGAAAACUCCCUUUCUGAAGGAGAUACUUUGCAGCUGAAUUGCACGGUGGAAGCUCAGAAGAGCGACAGCAGGCACUUCCAAGUGAUUUGGCUCCUCAAUAGCAUGGAAGUGGCCAGGGUUGACCCCCAUGGGGUAUUGACUUGGGAGGAAGAAUAUGAGGGGAGAGCCAAGCUGGGGCAGCUCCGAGCACUCAAGCCAAGCAACACAAUUUAUGCUCUCACCAUCUACGAGGUGGGGCUGAGGGACAAUGGUACAUAUCGCUGCUCUGUGUCAGAAAUGAAGACUCCUGGAGACUUGCACGGCAUCCAAACCAACCUGUCAUCAGGCAUCCAAGUCAACGUGAAGCCGAUAGAGAGCCGCAUGCGCCUGUCCGUGUCCACCAGCACGCCGCAGGUCACGGCAGGAGACUCCCUGAUCCUCCACUGUGAGGUGCAAGGAGCCACCAGCCCCGUGUCUGUGCAGUGGUGGCACCUGCCCCCACAGCGCCCAGAGCCCGGGGUGCUGGUGGCCACCAUGGAGCAGGAUGGCAGCCUGAGGCUGGGGAGCACCUACCAGGACGGCAGGACUCGGGGGAGCCUCCGGCUGGAGAAAGCGAGCUCUGGCACCUUCACCCUGGUGAUCCCCAGCACGCUGGAUGAGCAGGAUGGUGGGAAGUACAGAUGUGAAGCAACAGAGUGGUCCCGAGGCCAAAGCUGGACAGAGCAAGGGGAGGCAGCAGUGGCAGUCAGCUCCAUGGGUCUCGUUCUGCGUGCUAUGCUGAGGAGCCGAAUUGCCACCGUCAGGUACGGGCAAAGUUUUGAACUCGUCUGCCAAGUGAGUGCCAACUACACCCUUGAGGAGGUGCCGGCGUCCGUGCGGUGGCUCUUCCAGCCCAGCCCACCCACCAGCCCCUACCAUGAGCUGGUCCAGGUCUUUCCCAAUGGCACUGUGGCCUGGGUGGCAGCACAGUCACACUUCAGGGAGAAAGCCCAGCUGAUGAAGGCUGACACCUCCUUCAGGCUGCACGUCCACAGUGCCGUGGCCGCCGCCGAGGGGACGUACCAGUGUGAGGUGGAGGUUUGGAGGAGGAAUGUCCUGCCCCUGGGGCAGCCAGCGGCCACCACCAGCUCCAAUCCUGUGGGGAUAAAGGUGGUGCUGCCAGAAAGCAGGCUUCGGGUUUCCAUGGAAGACAGUUCUGUGGAGGUUGCCAGCAGUGCUGACACGGCCAUCGAGUGCCGGAUUGUGUUUGCCCAGAAUAAUUCACAGCUCGCUGUUACCUGGUACCUCCUGCCUCCUCUGGCAGAUGGGACCCCCCUGCAAAUCAUCAGGGCCAACUACAGCGGCGUACUGGAAUACGGGCCUGAAUUCAGCUCUCCUGCCCAAAAGUCCCGGUUCCUGAGCCAGAGGGUGUCCAGCAACGUCUUCUGGCUGCAGAUUCUGUCUGCGAACCUCGGGGACCGGGGCAGGUACUACUGUGUGGUAGAGGAGUGGCUCUGGCUGGUGGAUGGCUGGUACAAACUCGGAGAGGGAACAUCGGGAAGGACCACACUGGAGUUCAAGCUCCCAGAGCGUGAGCUGCAGGUGGACAAAACCAACCGCAGCCUCUCGGCGAGGGAGGGCGAGGAGGUGACGCUGCCCUGCCUGCUGCAGGGUGCCCGCCUGCCCGGCACCCACCUCUCAGCCACCUGGUUCCAGGUGAAGAAGAGCGGCCUCGACAGUCCCCUGCUCGCCCUCCACCACGACGGCACCAUCCAGCUCCCCCAGGAGGGCCGGGCGGGGAGGCUGUACCUCCGCCGCCCCACGCCCGGUGACUUCAGCCUGACGCUGACCCGCGUGGAGAGCGGCGAUGCUGGGCUCUAUUCCUGCCAGGUGCAGGAGUGGCAGCGCCAGGGCGAGGGGCAGGACUGGGCUCUGAAAGCCUCGGCACGCUCAGGGUACACCCAGCUCAGCACCAUCCCGCCAGAGUCAACUGUUAUGUCUAGGAUCUGCUCAUCCCCAUCACUGCUGAACUUCAUCCUAUACUUGCCACUGGUUCUGAUCCUUCUCCUGGCCCUUGCUGUCUCCUGCUGGUACUGCAAAUACAGAAAAAGCAAGAAGGGCAACGUCACAGGAAACCAGCUGAUGGAACUGGACGGGAAUGGAGAGGUCAAGACAACUUAGCUGGUCUAUAGAGGCAGAUGUAACCUGAAGGAGUGGAGCUGGACACUUAAGGAGGACUGAGUACUUGC